GGAUGUAACCAUGGCGACGGGAUAAACAGAGGAUAACAAGUCUGCAGCAGCUCAGAGCUGCAGCACUGAGGACGAGAGACAGAGCAGAGACGGAGGUGAAGAGGAAGAGGAGACAGACACAGAGAAGACAGAGAAGGACAGAUAUUUUCCCAUCAUGGCAGAGAGUGCGGAUAUGGAGCAGCUCCUGACGUCUUUUAAGAAGUUUGCCGUUCAUGGUGACCCGAAGGCGACAGGGAAGGAGUUGAACGGGAAGAACUGGGCCAAACUGUGCAAAGACUGUAAGAUCAUCGACGGCAAGAACGUGACCGGCACCGACGUGGACAUCGUGUUCUCCAAAGUCAAACAGAAGACGUCAAGGGUCGUCACCUACGAGGAGUUUCAGAGAGCUCUGGAGGAGUUGGCUCCAAAGAGGUUCAAAGGUCAAAGUAAAGAGGAGGCGCUGGAAUCCAUCUUCAAACUGGUGGAAGGAAAAGAGCCGAACAACGCCGGAGUGACGAAAGUGGCGAAGAAGGGGGCGGUGGACCGACUGACGGACGCGUCUCGUUACACUGGCUCACAUAAGGAGCGCUUCGAUGAGAGUGGCAAGGGCCGAGGACGGGAGGGCCGCGAGGAGCUGGUGGAGAAAACGGGCUACGUGGGCGCGUACAAGAACGCCGGAACGUAUGACAACAAGAUGAGGGCUGAGAAAUAACGAGGCUGGAAGUAGAGCUCAUUUACAGCACUUAAUCUGGACCAAACCUUGAACUUUGACCCCCCCCCCCCCCUUCUGUGUGUGUGUGUGUGUGUGUGUGUGUGUGUGUGUGUGUGUGUGUGUGUGUGUGUGUGUGUGUGUGUGAGAGAGAGAGAGAGAGAAAACAUGAUGACAUUAAGCCUCAUUCAGACCAAUCUCAACUGAUGCUUUUCUCUCCUGCCUUCAGUCGGAUCUGUCUGAUUCAAUCAGUCAGUUGCUCCAAAUCAGGGCUGUGACCCAGCUCACCUGCUCCACCUGCAGCCUUCAUCAGUGCUGUCAACUCCACCUGUGUUGGUGAUAUCAGAGGUAGAAUCAGAGGCGAGGCAGCAUCUGUGUGAAUAGAUAAGCCGGCGGCAUGGAGCGGGAGUGUGUUGAUCUGAUGAUGUCUACAAUCUGAUAACCUGCUUCAAUCAACAAAUACAGAGAAAUGUUUUACAAAGCAACGUCAGUGGACCAAACAACAGUAACGUAGUAACUGUAACUGUCUUUGGCAACUAAAUAAUUCUGCAGUCAUCCUGUUUGUCCUCCAGUCUGUUGAUGUAGUUACUGUUGUCACGGUGACGGUCAGCCCUCCGUCUGCAGUGACAGACAGCGUCCACUUUACUGAUGGUGAUUAUGUAAUUAUGUAGUUUAGAUAUAAAAACAUAACUUUGUCACUUUCCAGGAUGUUUGGUGAGUCAGGAUCUCAAUCACUGCACAUUACAACAGCAUCCAUAUGAUUGUAAACUGUCAGCAGGUUCAGAUUGACAGGAGGACACCUGGGAAACACCUUGAAAACAAACCGACAUCAUUAUCAUGAAGUCACCAUCACGCCUCUUUAGGAGCGGCAGCGCCGGCUUUCUACAUGAAUUAAACAGCAGUUCAACUUUAAGGUGGAGCUGCUUCGCUCUGAAUGAACAAACAUCGGCGGAGAAUUGGCGAAACAAUGCUGCGGAGAUAAUACAUUGACUCUGUGUGAAUAGGGUUAGUGAAUUUCUCCUCACCCCCACCUGUAGAGUUGAUGUGGUCUAAAUGAGGCUUCAGUUCAUAUGUAAAGUUUUUCUUCUCGUUGUUAUUGGCUGUCAGCUUGUUAAGUUCUUCUGCAGAGUCAGUAGCUUCCUGACGUCACGAUGGGAUUUCCUUAUGUUUAAUAGAAAAUAUUUGUUCUUCUGCAGUUUAAUUUUCCAAAGCUUAUAAACUUUGAUUCUGUCUUCAUGUUUGGAGUUGAUGCUGCAGCAGAAACUGGACUUCAGUUAAUAAAUGAAUGAAAAACAA